AAAUUAGCAUUAAUAGGUAAGCUGUUCAUAUCAAGUAUCCUAAUAAAUCUGAAAUAUUCAGGCCAGUAAAAAAACUUUAAAAAGAUGAAUCCUUUAAUAUCCAGAUUUAAGCACAAAUUAGCCUGCUUGGUUUCUUCUCUUUCAGUCUAAUUACAAUCACUCCCCCACCCUCAAUUUCCUCUCAUUUCUUCUGCAGUUUUCUUCAAUUACAAUGAAACCCAGAAAACUGUUUCCAUCACCAACCACAGCAAAUGAAACUGCGGAUUGCUCUGGCUUUUGUGAUCCAGCCUGUCCGUAUAACUGCUAUGCUUACCCAUAUUCUACCUUCCCGUCUCCUCCACCACCGCCGACGCCAGCGCCUGCUCUCUCCAGCCAAUUUAAAGACCAUUUGACACUAAUUUUGAUCCUUACGUCUAUUUUGCUAUCUGGGUUUUUCCUUCUUCUGGGCUACCAGAUGGUGCGCUCCAAGUUCUGUUUGUUGGGUCGGAGGAAUAACAGGCUGCAUAGAUUUCAAGCUCAAUCAGAUGGCAGAGAUGGUGAGGAAUUCUUCGAUGAGAAUAGGAUUGAUCAUCACAUAUGGUUCAUCACAACCGUUGGAUUACAACAAUCUGUUAUAAAUUCGAUCACUAUUUGUAGGUACAAGAUUGGGGAAGGAUUGAUUGAAGGGCGUGAGUGUUCGAUUUGCCUGAGCGAGUUCAGAGAAGAUGAGAUGCUGAGGCUAUUGCCUAAGUGUAACCACGCUUUCCACAUCCGUUGCGUUGAUACUUGGUUAAGGUCUCAUACCAAUUGUCCCUUGUGCCGUGAGCAAAUAAUCGCAGAGUCUGUCGAUUUUGGUUCGGGUUCGAUUGACCAAAACUUGGACAGUCUUCGCCUAGUGGAUACCCAGAUGGACUUUUCACAAACAGAUGGUGGGCAACAUCCAGAAGUUGGUCAAAACUGGGCAGAAACAGAGGAGGGACUAGAGAUGCCGCGAAUUGGUAGUGAGAGGACAUCAAAGGAGAAUGUGAACUGCAACGGGAACGGUGAUUCACUGGUUCCUGAUGAUGUACAGCCAUUGCGAAGGACAUAAAGAUGUGUCUUUGAGAAUUUAACAGAGGAAAACAUUUCUGGUGUUGGCUGCCUCCCCAGUCGAGAGUUCUGAAGAAGAACUAAAAUAAGUUUCUGCAUCACGAGGUGAUACAUGCAGGACAUCAUUUCCAGAUACACCUACAAAUUAACCAUAUUGAAACCACCCACACGUGAUCGAGUUGGGUGUGGAUGAAUCCUUCCGGUUGAGAGAUUCAAGUUCGACUCUUUACACCCGCACCCUAUGACUUAUCAUCUAUUUGGAGAGGGGUGAUUCAAGUAUUCGAGUCUACAUGGGUCAAACGUUCAUAGUUUCUAGUCUAUUGGGAUAUGUAUAUAUGUGCCCAUCUUGCAUUGCAUUCUAGCUCAGUUAUUGUGG